AUUUUCGAAGAUUUGAUUUUGGUUUUUGAUCGUCUUUUUCGAAGUUAUAUUCUUAUUUUACCAUGCCUUACGCCAACCAACCAAGCGUUAGGAUAACAGAACUAACAGAAGAAAAUGUCAAAUUUAUUAUCGAGAAUACAGACUUGAGUAUGGCAAAUGGUCUAAGAAGGAUAUUCAUAGCUGAAACACCGACUCUAGCAAUUGACUGGGUACAAAUAGAAAACAACACAUCAGUACUUCAUGAUGAGUUUAUUGCUCACAGACUUGGUCUUGUGCCAUUAACCAGUGAUGAAGUCGUUGAAAGGAUGAAUUUUUCAAGGGACUGUACCUGUGAAGAAUUCUGUGUUGACUGUUCUGUUGAAUUCACUCUUGACGUCAAGUGUACAGAUGAUCAGACAAGACAUGUUACCACAAGGGAUUUGAUCUCAUCUGAUGGUAGAGUUAUUCCUGUUACAUCAAAGCACAAGGAAGAUGAAAGUAGCGAAUAUGGCGAACGAGAUGAUAUACUGAUAGUAAAGUUAAGAAAAGGACAAGAGUUAAAGCUUAGAGCUUUUGCAAAAAAGGGUUUUGCUAAGGAACAUGCUAAAUGGAAUCCCACGGCUGGUAUUGCAUUUGAGUAUGACCCAGACAAUGCUCUACGACACACAACCUAUCCCAGACCAGAAGAGUGGCCAAAAAGUGAAUUUUCAAAUCUUGACAAUGAUCAGUAUCAAGCUCCCUUCGAUCCCAAUGGAAAAGCAGACAAGUUUUACAUAAAUGUUGAAAGUUCUGGUGCCUUAAGACCUGAAAACAUAGUACUAUCAGGAUUAUCUGUAUUAAAGAAGAAGCUAAGUGACCUACAGACACAGCACAGCCAUGAAGUAGCAGCAGAUGUGCUCACUAUUUAAACAUUCUUUGACACAACUUUCACCCUUAUACUGUAGGAAAUCAAACACUAAUGAAACGCCAUAACUACCCAUAAUUAUCUAGUGACUAUAUAUCUGCUAACAGACUAUUUACUUUUAAAUAUAAGUCUAUCUUUCUAUUGAAGGGUUGCAAUCAUUCUCAAGAGAGUCGAAAGAAAAAAAACAUGGCGGUCAUUGUGAUGCCAUUAACAAUGGACGCCAAUUAGAAAUCUUUUGUUAAAUGGUACCAACACUAGACUGAGAGCCCGCAACAAUGUAACGUGCAAUACAAUUGUUUUGAUUGCAGUUAAGGUUCUUUACAGGUAGUCCAUGCAUUUAUUUAAUAAUAUUUAUAUCCUGUAAACUUUGAUGUGACAUUGAACAAUGUGGAAGAUGCUAAUUCCAAUGCUUUCUUUCGUUUUUCUUUGUUUGUUAUUCACUCCUUAUACAACUUUGUCACACAGGCUAAAUAAAAUCAUGAUUCUGAACAAACUAAAAUUAAUGAUACUACUGAACACACUGUCUUACUUCAUAUGUUUUUUAUUAAUUAAAGCCAUUUACAGUCUAAAAAUAAAUCUGUUUUGUAGAAAGAACAUUAAUGAAGCUAAUAAAUGUAUAUACAUAAA